AUGGCGACAUCACGGGCCUCUGCCUUGGCGCUCCUCCUCUGCGCCUUGUCGGCCUCCUGCCACGUCGCCAUUUCCGGCCCGCCGUCGUACGCGCCCCCCAAGGAUGACUUCCUCUCGUGCCUCACCAGGAGCGUCCCCCCUCGGCUCCUCUUCGCCAAGAGCUCGCCGGCGUACGGCGCCACCUGGUCGUCCACCAUCAGGAACCUCAAGUUCCUGUCCGACAAGACGGUGAAGCCGCUCUACAUCAUCACCCCCACCGACGCCUCCCACAUCCAAGCCGCCGUCAUCUGCGGCCGCCGAUACGGCAUGCGGCUCCGCGUGCGCAGCGGCGGGCACGACUACGAGGGCCUGUCGUACCGGUCCGACAAGCCGGAGCCGUUCACCGUCGUGGACCUUUCCAAGAUGCGGCAGGUGCGCGUCGACGGCAAGCAGGCCACGGCGUGGGUGGACUCCGGCGCGCAGCUCGGCGAGAUCUACUACGCCGUCGCCAAGGCGACACCCAAGCUCGGGUUCCCGGCGGGCGUGUGCGCGACCAUCGGCGUCGGCGGCCACUUCAGCGGCGGCGGCUUCGGCAUGAUGCUCCGCAAGUACGGCACCGCCGCGGACAACGUCAUCGACGCCAAGGUGGUGGAUGCCAACGGCAAGCUGCUCGACAGGAAAGCCAUGGGCGAGGACUACUUCUGGGCCAUCAGGGGCGGCGGCGGCUCGAGCUUCGGCAUCGUGGUGUCGUGGCAGGUGAAGCUCGUGCCCGUCCCUCCCACGGUGACCGUGUUCCAGAUCCACAGGGGGGUCAACGACGGCGCCGCCGACCUCAUCGUCAAGUGGCAGCAGGUCGCGCCGUCGCUCCCCGAGGACCUCAUGAUCCGGAUCAUGGCCAUGGGGCAGGACGCCAUGUUCGAGGCCCUGUUCCUCGGCACGUGCAAUGACCUGGUCCCGCUCAUGAACGCCCGGUUCCCGGAGCUGGGCAUGAACCCGACGCACUGCAACGAGAUGUCGUGGAUCCAGUCCGUGCCCUACAUCCCGCUCGGCAAGUCGGGCACCGUGAGGGACCUCCUGAACCGGACGUCCAACAUCAAGGCCUUCGGCAAGUACAAGUCGGACUACGUCCGGGAUCCCAUCCCCAAGGCCGUGUGGGAGACGAUCUUCACCUGGCUCGUGAAGCCCGGCGCCGGGGUCAUGAUCAUGGACCCCUACGGCGGCAGGAUCAGCUCCAUCGCCGAGGACGCGACGCCGUUCCCGCACAGGCAGGGCAUGCUGUUCAACAUCCAGUACGUCAGCUACUGGUUCGGCGAGGGCUCCGCCGCGCUGCCGACGCAGUGGAGCAGGGACAUGUACGCGUUCAUGGAGCCCUACGUGACCAAGAACCCGAGGCAGGCGUACGUCAACUACAGGGACCUCGACCUCGGCGUCAACAAGGUGGUCGGCGACGUCUCCACCUACGAGAGCGGCAGGGUCUGGGGCGAGAAGUACUACAAGGGCAACUUCGAGAGGCUCGCCAGGAUCAAGGCCAGGGUGGAUCCUCAAGACUACUUCAGGAAUGAGCAGAGCAUCCCGCCACUGCUCAAGUGAUGAGGAUGCCGCUGCUAGAUCGACCAUCGAUCCAUCGACCGCGCCAAAGAAAUAAAGGGACGACGAGUCGUGCUUGAUUCAGUUGAUAAUUAGAUUUGAUCCUGCAUUGCGCGCGUUGAGAUUAAAGUUGCAGUGCAUGGAGAGUAAGGAUGGCAUUAUUUCCCAUGGCAUAUAGGAGCCGGUCCAAAUUGUGCUCUUCCAAGUAAAAUUAGAUAAGGGUAUGCGAAUACAGUGUGUGCUAAUAAAGUUCUGUUUCUUUUUUA